ACAUUCCGGGACUCAGUAGAUAGUUCCCGACGACAGAGACUCUGUGAUCUGUUCCUUUAAUACGAGGAACGUCCACCAGUCUCGGCUUUUCUUCAUCCAAUACCGUCAGAAACUUUUUCGUCGGCACGAAUGAGCAGCCAGCCCUCCGCCCCUGCGAAGAACACCUCUACACAGCCAGCGAAGCCCGCAUUCAACUACGCGCAGGCCGCAAAGAAGACUGUGCAGCAGGCUGCCAGCAGUCAAGCAAGUCAAGCAAGUGUCGCUUCCUCGACCGCAAGUACCACGCCCACUGCCUCGACUAGCUCGACGCCUGCGCCCCCCAAGACCACUCAGACCACUCAGACCGCUAAGCCUACUGCUCCCGCAGAUGCUGCGGUGAAUGGCUCUACAGCUGCGGAUGCUCCGGCACCGGCUGCUGAGAACAAGACCAACCCUCCUGUGAACGUCUGGAACAAAGGUGCUCCUAUUCACAUGCCCAAGGCUCCUGCCUCGGUCGCCGCCACCGCCAAUGCUGGUAUCCAAUUUGGCUCGAUUGGCAACGAGGGCAAGCCAGUUCCUGCUUCUCCUUCGCCUGGGCCUCAGCAAAACCAGAGCGGUGGUGUUCCCCCACCAGCACAGGUCGUCAAUGCGCCUACCUUUGGUACCAUCAACGAGGACUCCAAGCCUGCCGCUGCCGCUGUUGCCACCGCGGCUCCUGCCGAUGCUGCUCUGAGACCGCCCACUCACCGUCCCACUUCCUCGGUGUCUGGUCCUUCUCCUACUCUUCCUCAUAUGGCGCCCGCCCAGCACGCCCGUCGCGAAUCCACUCACUCUACCCAGUCGAACGUUUCCGACUUCCGCGCGCAGCACGCGGGUCCUCAGUCUCCCCACAGGCAGUACCAGACUCCUCAGUACCCUGCUUACCCUCAGCAGUACGCCGCUCCUGGUGCUUACGGUUACCCUCCUCAGGGCCAGUUCAACCCUAACCAGACUCGUGGCCCUCGCCCCGGAUCUAACCAGGCUAUGCCCCCGUACCAGGGUCGUCCUAACGCUCAGCAGGGUCCCCGCACUCCUCAGAUGAUGAACUCUCAGCCUAUCCCUCAGUGGACUCCUACCGCCUACGCUCAGACUCAGCAGUACAUGCCUGUUCCAGGACAAUACCCCGGCAUGGACAUGAACAUGUACUACCAGCAGCAGCAGCAAAUGUAUUACGGCCAGGUCCCCGCGCAACCCGCUGUUCAGCCCACUAGCCCCCGACCUUUCGCUGCCGCUGUUCCCGGUGCUGCUCCCGCUACUCCUUUGAGCCGUAGCGCUUCCAGUGACCGUCCUGCUACUGCUUCCUCCCAGGGUGAGCCUAAGACACCUCUGUCUUCCUUCGUCCGCCCCAGCGCCAAGAAGAGCUCCGCCAUCAAGAUCAUCAACCCCAACACUCUUUCUGAGGUCGAGGUUCCCAAGGGUACCCCCACUCCUGCUGAGAAGACCCCUACCCCCGCUGCCGCUGAGUUGAAGCGGACUAUUAGCCCCGCUGUCAGCACCCCUCCCCGAAGCCCCGUCAAGGCCGACGUUCCUAAGUCUCAGACUGACGACGAGAAGGCCGCUGUCAAGGCUGCUUUCUUGAAGAAGGUUCAGGAGGCCAAGGAGAAGGAUGAGAGGGAAGCCAGGGAGGCUGCUGAGAAGGUCAAGAAGGAUGCGGAAGAAGUCGAGAAGAAGAAGGCCGAGGAAGCCGAGAAGGUUAAGCGUGAGGAGGAGGAGAAGAAGGCUGCUGAGGAGAAGGUUAAGAAGGACGCCGAGGAGGCCGAGGAGAAGGCUAAGAAGGACGCCGAGGAGGCCGAGGAACGCAAGAAGGCCGACGAGGAGGUUGCUGCCAAGAAGGCUGAGGAGGAAGCCGCCGCUGUUAAGAAGGCCGAGGAGGCCGAAGAACGCAAGAAGGCCGACGAGGAGGUUGCUGUCAAGAAGGCCGAGGAGGAAGCCGCCGCUGUUAAGAAGGCUGAGGAGGCCGAAGAACGCAAGAAGGCCGAAGAGGACGCUGCCGCCGAGGCUGCCGCUGCAGCUGCGAAGAAGGAGGAUGAUGAGGCCAAGCUGGCUGCUGCUACCGCUGCCGUUAGCGAGUCCGCUCACUCCUUGCCUACUAUCGAUGAGAAGCCUACCGAUGGUACUGGUGAUGAGGAGGCUGCCUCUACCGACAAGAAGGACCGCAAGCCUGCCCCGGCUGCGAUUGACAUUGUCAAGGCUACGGACCCCUCCGUUCCCUCCCCUGCCAUGACUGCUCUCCGUUCUGCUCGUCUUCUUGAGGAUCUUAAGGAGGUUUCUUACCCCGAGGGUGUCGACUCUCCGAACCCUGCUCUUAACGCCAAUGCCACGGACGGUAAGUUCAAGUACGACCGCGACUUCCUGUUGCAGUUCCAGGACGCGUACACCGAGAAGCCCAACAUUGACUGGGAUGCUCGCAUUAAGGAGUGCAUCGGUGACUUGAGCGAGUCCCGCUCCAAGAUGGGAUCUCGCAGCAACUCCCGUGCUAGCGGUGCUCCCGCUCAGGGUGGUACUCCUUUCCAGAUGGGUCAAUUCUCUACUGGCAAGGCUUUCGGUUCCACCUCCCAGGACCGCUUCAAUUUUGCUACCCAGCAAUUGCGCGCUGGUCGCGAUCCUUCCCUUAACGCCCCCAGCGGCAGCUUCGCCGGUAUCGGUGGCAAGUUCCAGCAGAUGCCUCCUAUCAGCAGACAGGGAUCCUCCACUGCUUUGGCUGGAUCUCCCCGUACCAACUCCAGGAGCACCAGAGGUUCCAGGCGUGGCGGCGAGGGCAGACAGGACACUAACCGCGAACAGAAGGGUGCACCCACCAUUCCCCUCGACCAAGUUAAGCCUCUCGAGAUGUCCAGCAACCGAUGGGCACCAAGAACCGCUGACAAGAAGGAGGAACCCGUUGCUCCCGCUGCCGAGGAGGGUCAGGAGCUCAUGGCUCCUGAGAUGGUCCAGAGGAAGGUCAAGUCGGCGCUUAACAAGCUUACGCUUGAGAAGUUCGACAAGAUAUCCGACCAGAUUCUUGAGAUCGCUGCUCAGUCCAAGUUCGAGAAGGAUGGUCGUACUUUGAGACAGGUCAUUCAGUUGACCUUCGAGAAGGCCACUGAUGAGUCUACUUUCUCUAACAUGUACGCUCGUUUCUGUCGCAAGACCAUGGAGACUGUCGACCCCUCGAUCAGCGACAACAACGUCCACGACAAGGCCGGUAACCCCGUUACUGGUGGUGCUUUGUUCCGCAAGUACUUGCUUAACAGAUGUCAGGAGGACUUCGAGCGUGGUUGGAAGUCUCAGCUGCCUCCCAAGCCUGAGGGUGACGCCGACACUAAGGAGGCCGAGCUCAUGUCCGAGGAGUACUACAUUGCUGCUGCUGCUAAGCGUCGUGGUCUCGGUUUGGUCCGUUUCAUUGGUGAGCUUUACAAGCUUAGCAUGUUGACCGAGAAGAUUAUGCACGAGUGUAUCCGUCGUCUUUUGGCUAACAUUGUUGACCCUGAGGAGGAGGAGAUUGAGUCUUUGUGCAAGCUCUUGACGACCGUCGGUGGUACCCUUGACAACGACAAGGGACGUCAGUUGAUGAACGCUUACUUCGACCGUAUGCACUCUAUGCUCCAGAGCGAUGCUAUUGCUAGCCGCAUGAAGUUCAUGAUCAUGGACGUCAUUGACUUGCGCAAAGCCAACUGGAAGGGCAAGGAGGCCGACAAGGGCCCCAAGACCAUCCAGGAGAUUCACGAGGAGGCUGCUGCUGCAAAGGCUGCCGCUGACGCUGCUCGUCCUCCUGCUCCCUCCCGCGGAGGUAGCCGUGCUGAGUUCGGUCGCGGUGAUGCUCGCCUUUCUCGUCAAGGUUCUACCUUCGCUGGUGGUGCCCCCGCUACUCAGGCUAAUGCUGACGGCUGGACCCUCCAGAAGACCGCCUCCAACCAGCGCGCGGGUGACCUUACCAAAAUGGGAUCUAUCCGCUCUGGCGUUGCCGGUUCCUUCGGUCCUUCCUCUGCUGGUUUCACCUCUUUGAGGUCCAACUCCAAGAAGGGUUCUCAGGGUGGUAACGCCCUCUCCAAGGAGCCUUCUGCUUCUUCCAGGGCUGCUACUCCCCCUACCCUUGCUCCUCCCCAGGCUACCAAGACCUUGAACCCCUUCGACCUUCUCGGCGAUGGUAACGAGGAUGAGCACAAGGAGGAGGCUUCCGAGGAGGCUCCUUCCGCGAGGCCUCGGUUGAACCUUCUCCCCAGGACACUCCCUGUUGAACCUUCUCAGCCCAGCCCAAGCCCCGCUGAGGGUGAGGAGGGUGAGGAAGAGGAGGAGGAGCCCGUCGGGGAAGAGUCUGUUGAGGACGUUGUCGCGGAGAUGGAGGAGGCUGCUCCUGUCACCGAGGCCCCUGCUGAGGCUGCGCAGGAGAUCUUCGGUGAGGAGGCUGCGGAGACUCCCGCACCUGCUGCCCAGGAGUAG